AUGUCCACAAACCCUACCACCUCCUUCCAGGCUCAUGACCAGCGUUUUUCAGCUAUCCUCGGCACAUCCCCGACAAUAGAGCUCCUCGCAGAAAAUGAAAAAUACCCGUUCGCCCACGAAGCUGGAGUCUUCUUUCCCGACACCAACAAGCUCUACAUCACCAGCAACAGAUGUAUAGGACCAGAAAAACAGCAGAAAGUGCACAUUACAUGCGUCGACCUAAGCAAAGAGCCAGUCACCAAUGAGGAAAUUUCUACGGAAAUCCCCAUGGCCAACGGAGGCAUCAACUACGGCAGGGACCACGUUCUCUUCUGCGCACAGGGGUCCAUGACCCAGCCAAGCGGAUUAUACCGCAUGUCUACAGCCGCACCGCACAAGGCUGAACUAUCGAAGGGCGAGUUCUUCGGUCAACAGUUUAACUCUGUCAAUGACGUGGUGGUACACACGGACGGAUCGAUCUGGUUUACCGACCCUAUUUAUGGCUCUGAGCAGGGCUAUCGGCCACCGCCAUCUCUGCCGAACCAAGUGUACCGAUGGCACCCGGAUACAGGGAACAUUCGCGCUAUGGCAGAUGGGUUUGGGAGACCGAAUGGUAUCUGUUUCUCGCCGGAUGAAAAGACUGUCUACAUCACCGAUACAGAUCGCGUGCAUGGUGAUGGGACUGUCGAUGACCAGCGAGUGUCUUCGAUUUACGCCUUUGAUGUAUCCACAUACCACGGCGAGCCGUUCCUCACAAACCAGCGGCUCUUCGCCAUGGCAGAUAACGGCAUCCCAGAUGGGAUCAAGUGUGACCUCGAAGGAAAUGUAUACAGCGGAUGCGGUGAUGGAAUCAAUGUCUGGUCCCCGGGUGGUGUUCUCUUGGGACGGAUAUUAAUUGACGGUGGCGUUGCAAACUUUUGUUUUGGAAGAAACGGGGAGGUUUUUGCUCUGAAUGAGCACCGGUUGUGGAGAGUGCAAUUAGGGGAAGGCGUAAAGGGAGCAUUGCUUGGGUUAUAA